AUGGAGGAAUAUAAUAAUGAUGUAAAUGAAAACUCAAAUGGGAGAGGGAAUUUCUUGUAUGGAUCAGGGAAUUCUUCAUCAAGUAAUUUCGGGAGAUCAACGGCUGAGAUGAAUGUUAAUAAUUUUCAUCUUCAACAAGGAACCGACUGUUUUCAAUCACCUCAUCAUCAAUCGAUUGUCAAGACUGAAGCUACUACUUCACAACAUCACCACCUUCUCAAAUUUCAUUACCCUUUAAUCCGACAACAACCACCACCACCACCACCACCUCAGCCGCAAACGUCAUGUCGUCCCGAACAAAACGGUGUCGUUGAUUUUGAAGCCAUUAAGGCUAAAAUCCUUGCUCAUCCUCAAUACUCCAGCCUCCUCGAAGCCUACAUGGAAUGUCAGAAGGUGGGUGCUCCGCCGCAAGUGGUGGAGCGGCUGGUGGCGGCCCGCCAAGAAUUUGAAGCACGACAGCGAUCUUCCAUGGUUUCUGGAGAGACCAUUAAGGAUCCAGAACUUGAUCAAUUUAUGGAAGCUUAUUAUGAUAUGUUGGUGAAAUAUCGGGAAGAACUUUCAAGGCCGAUUCAAGAAGCUAUGGAUUUUAUGCGAAGGAUUGAAUCUCAGCUCACUUCUCUCUGUAAUGGCCCAGUUCGGAUCUUCAAUUCUGAUGACAAGUGUGAUGGUAUGGGAUCAUCUGAGGAGGAGCAAGAAAAUAGCGGUGGAGAAACCGAACUACCGGAGAUCGAUCCACGGGCUGAAGAUAGAGAAUUGAAGAACCACCUACUGAGGAAGUACAGUGGUUACUUGAGCAGUCUCAAGCAAGAACUUUCUAAGAAAAAGAAAAAGGGAAAACUCCCAAAAGAAGCAAGGCAAAAACUCCUUAAUUGGUGGGAGUUGCAUUACAAAUGGCCAUACCCUUCAGAGACGGAGAAGGUGGCAUUGGCUGAAUCCACUGGGUUGGAUCAAAAGCAAAUAAACAAUUGGUUCAUUAACCAAAGGAAGAGACACUGGAAACCUUCUGAAGAUAUGCAAUUCAUGGUGAUGGAUGGCCUUCAUCCUCCCAAUGCCGCACUCUACAUUGACGGUCACUACAUGACCGAUGGCCAUUAUCGGCUUGGACCGUGACUGACCGUAAACAUUGCUAAAAUUAUAUGCAGAUUUGCUAUGAAAUAUUCAACAAGGUUAAUUCCUCUUAUAUAAUACCAACCAAAUAGUGUGACAAAUAAUAAUGAUAUGUGUGAUUUUAAGAGAUGAUAUAUGCUCAAGUUUAUCUUCUUUUUUUUUUUUCUUUUUCUUUUCCUACAUUAUAUUCAAAGCCUGUUUGGGUAAAUUUAGCUUCACUUUUCAGAAGGUAUAUGACUACUCAAAGUAGAUAUUUUAUGGAAGUUACACAGAUGGAAGAUUUUUUUCCCCUUA